AUGGGCAUCAAGGGCCUCGCCCGCCAGUUCUCUCAAGCCUUGACAGGAACUCACAUUGACGCCAUUUAUCACACAGCAAUCGUCUUCAAUAAUGUCGAGUAUUUCUUCGGCCAGGGCGUGCACCGGAAAAUUCCUGGCUCAACCCACCAUGGACGACCGAUGAAGAUCGUGAGUCUGGGUCAGACCCAACUGCCCCUGGAUGUCAUCGACGAGUACAUCGAGUCGCUGGAAUCAAUCUACACGCCUGAGUCGUAUGACUUGUUCUUGCACAAUUGUAACAACUUCACCCAAGACCUGGCCAUGUUUCUGGUCGGCAAGAGUAUUCCUGAUGAGAUUCGAAGCCUGCCACAGACCUUUUUGAAUACACCGAUUGGACAGAUGUUGAGAAGCCAAAUUGAUGAGUCGAUGAGAACCAUGACCCAGGCACCCGAUGCUGUCGCAGGUCAAAAUGUUGGCCGCAAUCAUUCGGCUGCGCAGCAAGCUUCGAAGACUGAUCGCAACGGUGUUUUGGCAUCUGCGUUACCCAAUGGAUCCUAUCAUAGACCCACGGCGCCCACUAUUAUCAAUGCACAACCGCCCGCAGACAGCCCGGGCAAGGUUCACAAUAUCACCACACUCUCUGAGUUGGAUUCCCUGCUCUCCUCGGCUUCACACUCCUGCGCCGUACUGUUCUUCACCUCAGCGACAUGCCCGCCUUGCAAGAUCGUCUAUCCUACCUAUGAUGACUUGGCUGCUGAAGCGGGCACGCGUUCCGGCGCAAAGUUAAUCAAGAUUGAUAUUUCGGCGUCGCCUUCUGCUCAUGCAGUCGCACAACGAUAUAGUAUUCGCGCGACACCGACAUUCAUAACAUUCCUCAGAGGGGAGAAACAGGACGAAUGGGCAGGUGCAAACCCGUCACAAUUAAGAGGCAAUGUCCAGUUGUUGCUGCAGAUGGCGAAGCCCCCACCACAUCAGCACUCGAAGUUGAGGUUGCCGACGUUUCAACGUGUUAUUGAAACACCGAUUCUCUACACAAAGGCGCCGCCUCUCGAUAAGCUGCUCGGGAAAUUGGGCAAAGCCUUCUCAGAUGAGAAAUCGGUGCAGAGCCUCGUGAGCUACAUCAAAACGCGAGACGCAAAGGGUAUGACGGAAGCUGCACUCCCGGAUCUACACUCCUUCAGCGAACACAUUGCCUUGAUGGUUCCAAGCCUCCCAAAGGAGUGCCUCUUUGCAGCCAUCGACCUUGUUCGCGUGACGGCGGUCGAUCCUCGCGCAGCAAGUUUCCUGGCUACGGAACCCGAACAUCGCACACUCUCGACUCUCUUCAGUACAGCCCAAAUCUCACAAGGCUAUUUCGCAAACGCGCCAUACAACGUUCAAUCUGUCACCCUCCAGCUUGCGUGUAACUUGUUCUCCUCAAAUGUCUUUCAGGAGCACGCCUUCAGCACUCAUUCCUCGGCAUCUCCUACCACCAGCGGCGAGCUGAAGCAGAAGAUAGAAGACCUUGCAGCACAGUGCCUGCUAUCGCCACAUCUGAAUUCGAGGUCUUUGGCUGCCGCAUUGGUAUAUAACCUUGCGAGCUGGACCCAUAACGAGCGGAUGCAUGCACACAACUCCCAACCUCUGUCCCCCGAGACAACCGUGGAAGAGGGGGGAGCAGUGAGCGACGACCUCGCAGCCGCUUUGUUGGAGAGCAUUUCGUCUUUGCCAACACUCACUCCUAUCCUAAAAACGACACCUUCGGGCGGCGGUAGUGUCAAAGACACGCUGCACGCCCUUCUCCUCGCUCUGGGCAUGCUCCUCUACUCCGCUCCAGCUGGAGAUAUGCUUUGGGACCUGUGUCGGGCGAUGGAGCUCAGGGAUGUUUUGAAGGAGCUGGGCAAGAGGGAUGAUUGCAAAGGAGAGAUCUUAUUGAAGGAUGUCGGGGAGGAACUAUUGGGCAAAGGUGGGUUUUGA